GUGUCAACACAAUCCAAACCAAUACAAUUGAAGCCAUUUGUUCUAAAGAAGUAAACUGAUGCUGGAGCGAGAGCGACUAUAUUUAAAGCGCAAAGGGGAGCAAUGAGUUCGAGGCAGCAGCAUGAGGAACAUUUGGUGAGGCGAGGGAUCCAUGACAGAAGGAGUAGUCAUCACGAUGCUGAUAUAACCGAUUCUUGUGAUGAUGCUGAAGACCAGACAGACAGGGCUGAGCACGUAUCUACAGAUGCUAACAUUGAGGAGCCAUUGGAGCAAGAGUCACAUGCAUUCAAACCAAGUCAUACGAAGCCAAUAUAUCCUGACCUCACAGCCUAUAAGAGGAGGCUGUCUAUCCCCAGAACUCCUUCACCACCUAGACGCAAGAAAGAGCCACCACUGCAGAACCAGAAGGCACUCUAUUAUUUUUGUGUAAUUUCUGUUGUCUGUGCGCUCAUACUAAUUGUGCAGUACCUGUUCAGUGAACAACCAAUGCAUGUGUCAUUGGCUGAUAGGCGCCUAGGAACAUUGCGAGAACAUCUUCGUAAGCUGAAGGACACUUUUGUAGCACAGCCUGAAUAUAAUUGGCAGAUCAUACGUAGCUCUGUUAUGGACAUGAUUAAUGACACUGGUGUCUACUCAGGUCCAGCUGUGAUCACGUUUCUCGCAUCUGUUAAAAAUGAACGUUUUGCAACAUGUCUUUCCCAACAGGUAGCAACUGCCUUGUCGUACACUUUUGAUGAUGGUGGAGAUUAUGGAACUAUUGCUGCUGAUGAGUUGUCAGUGUCCGAAGAUGUUGCAAGGCACAUUAUUGAGAAUCGGUGCAAAGAAGUGGUAGAGAUGCGGAGACGACAUAUAAUAGUUGCGUCACACCUAGAACAGUGGAACCCUGAUGCAGCAAUGAUGCUGCACCCCUUGUGUGACCAAGAAAAUGCUUUGUACAAAAACGUGACGUACAUUCUAACUGUCUUCACCAAGCAUGAAGAUGUGUCUGGCCAAAGGGAGAGAAAAGAGUAUGAUCGUCUUGCUGAGAAUGCACUUAACAAUGCUUGGGAGUCUAUGGACACUAACCAACGGCAUGCCAUCAUAAGUAGGGUGACUGGCAAUGUUGUGUUAGUGCGAGAAGACUCUUCAUUAUGUGCAUCACCUAGCUAGGAAACUGCUUGAGCAAGUACCGUUUCCAAUCUGAUGACUGUGAUGGCUUUUAUGCCUUGAAUGUGGUGUGACAAGCUAGUGGCAUGCUGAGAAAACAUUGUAGGCCUCUUUCACUGUUGGGGAAAGUGCGCAUAGUGAAAUUUUGUUAUAAUAUUUAGCGCACAUUUGAAGUAAGAAACACCAGAAAAUAUUUCCCUUUGUACCUGUUGAAAUACUCUGUGGUAAGAGGCUAUAGUGAUCUCCCCAUUAACAUGGGUUACCAACUGAAGGCUUGCAUUGUAUAGUGGUGGCCAUCUUGCUGGACAUGAUAGGAAUUGAUGCUUUUUCCAUAUUGGGGCAGACUUCCCAUCAUCACAUGUUCAAAUUUUUGCAUGGUGGCAGUUGCUACAUCGGCCUAAUUGUGUUGAUCUUUUUGCAAGGCACAAAUUUGGCAAACAGACCUGCUGGCAAGACUUGAAUUUGUAGUCACAAGGAGCUGAGGCAUAUGAACAGGUGAAUGUUAUGUUUUGACAAUAGCCAGCAGGUGAAUGUUGGUAAGGCUGUUUUAUCCCAGCAAAUGUGAAGUGUUUCAGUUUUACUUUUGCAAAUUUGUUGCAUGCAAAACUUGAGUAGUUAAUGUAAUCAUGGCACAUUAUGUGUUUUUAGUGUGCAGCUGAUGCAGUUGACGUAGCCGGUGAGGUGCUGGAAUUACUGUGCCAUUUAUUUGUACAACAAACUGUGUAUAAGAAAUUAUUAUUGUUCAGUAAAUAAUGUAAACUGUUAUUACAAGUA